AUGCUGUUUCUUGCGCUUUUCAGCGCGGCGUUCGCCGGAAAACUCAAAUUCGACGAUGGACAGAUCCAAUAUCAGACAAAAUGGAUCGACCAGCGAAUCGACAACUUCAACUAUUACAUGGACAAGACGUAUAAAAUGCGAUACCUAGUCAAUACCGAUUUUGUCAAAGACGAAUCCACCGCGCCAAUCUUUUUCUACACGGGAAAUGAAGGCCCUAUCAACAGUUUCGCUGCUAACACAGGCUUCAUGAACGAAUUCGCAGAAGAGGAAAACGCAUUCAUCGUCUACGCCGAACAUCGCUAUUACGGUCAGUCCCUCCCCUACAGCAACAAUUCCUUCACUCCAGAGAACAUGGCCUAUCUUUCCGUUGAAAAUGCACUUGCCGAUUUUGCCCAGCUCAUCGUUGAGUUGAAAAAGACUUACAAAGGUCCACUCAUCUGCUUUGGCGGCUCAUACGGAGGGCUUUUGUCCAUGUACAUGCGAAUGACCUAUCCAAAUCUUGUUGACGGUGCUCUUGCUGCAUCAUCCCCAGUUUACUGGAUUUCCGCGAUGGGCGACUCGCACGGCUUCUGGGUCAAGACGACUGAAGAUUUCAGACAGGCUCUUGACAAGUGCGAGGACACCAUCCGAUCCGGUUUCGCCGCCUUGGACAAGAUGAAAAACGACAAAGAUUGGGCUGGAAUCACGAGCUCAAUGAGAACUUGUCAGAAUAUUACUGAAGACAACUACAUGCAUAUGCUCGGCUGGGCUAGAAAUGCUAUGGCUACUAUGGCGAUGAUGGACUACCCCUAUCCGACGAACUUUGAAGCUGCUCUUCCUGGUAACCCUGUCAAAGAAGCCUGCGUCCGAGCAGUCGCUGCCACUGGCGCUGAUUCUAUCCGAGAAGCUGCUGGACUCAUGUACAACGGAACUGACCCCACUAAGUACAAGCAGUGCUUCGACAUCAUGGGAGAAUACGUCUACUGCGCCGAUCCAACCGGCUGCGGAACUGGCCCACAGGCUUCUGCAUGGGACUACCAGUGCUGCACUCAGCAAGUUCUUCCAGGAGGAACUGAUGGCAAGACCGAUAUGUUCCCCGUCAUCAAAUUCGACAUCGACGACCGCGCGGACUACUGCAACAAAACAUACGGCGUCAUUCCUGAUCGCGAUUGGCUCCGAAUUAAAUAUUGGGCCGACAACCUCGAAGCUACUUCGAACACAAUCUUCUCCAACGGCGAUCUUGAUCCCUGGGGCCCCGGUGGCGUGACCCACGACCUCCGACACGACCUUCCCGCCCCACUCGUCCAUGGGGGUGCCCACCAUUACGACCUCCGAGGAUCUAACAGUGGCGAUACCCAAGAUGUCCUCAAUGUCCGACAGUUUCACCGAGAUACGAUUCGCGAUUGGAUGGCGCAAUUCUGGGCCGAAAAAGGGCUUUAG